AUGGCGACAACAAUCAUCUUGUUUCUUAUAUUAUUUUCCCAAACAAUCAUUAGUUUUGCUGAUGAUUCAGCAAUAAAUUUAUUAGUUCGUCCAUCUAACGAUUCAACUAUACGUCGAUAUUGUGUUGAACUUGCUAAAUUACCAAAUGAACGUACAGUUAAUAUAACAGGCUUUGGUUGGCAUAUUCCAUAUAUUGCAUCCCCAUCAGUUAAUGCUUGUAAUGCAACUAAUCUUGAAUAUUCUUUACCACGUGCAUUUCCAUUAAAAACAAUUCUUAUUCUUUAUGAACAUCAAUGUAAAAUGACUGAACAUGCAUGGAAUGUUGAAAAAAAAUUUGGACAAAAUAUAUCUUUAAUGAUUUUAACAAAUCGUACAAAUACACAUUAUGAAUUAACAUAUAAUACAACAGCAAUGCCUGUAUCAAUACCUGUACUUAUUUUUGUACAGAAUGAUUUUAAUAACAUAAAUAAAACAUAUAAGAAUAUAAGUAACAUUGAAAUAUCAAUUAAGAAUUCUCCUGAUAUGCAACAAAAAUUUCGUCCAGCUAUAUUAUUAAUGUUUUUACUUGUUUUAUUUAUAUUACUAUGUGGAAAUUUUUGGGCAGCUGAUGAAUUUAUGCGUAAAAUUCGAAACCAAAAUAUGGAUACACACAGUGAAUCAUCAAAUGUAAAUGUUACACCAAUAUCAAAUGAUUUUCAAGAUUUAACAUCGAAUAACACUUCUCAGGACGUAGCAAUACAAAAAGAAAACAAAGAUACUCUUAUUGAACAUAACGCACCACGAAAUACUGAACCAGCUAUCAUUUAUAUGCCUUAUUGUAUUAUUGCACUUAUUUUAUGUUUUGCUGUUGGAUGGCUUUUACUUAUUUAUUAUUUUCCUAAAGUAAUGAUUUAUAUACUCCAAGUUCUCUUUUGUAUUGGUGCUUUUUCUUCAUUAACGUCGUGUCUUGAUCGUGUGAGUUAUUUUGCACCAAUUCUUCGUCAUUAUCGUAUUCCGUGUCGUACUUUUCAUAAACCAUGUAAAUGUAAACUAGGUCCAUUAAAUGUUUUUACUCUAUGUGCAAUGAUUGUAUCAUUAUUACUUAUUAUUAUUUGGUAUAUAUAUCGUCAAGCUGAUUGGGCAUGGGUUUUACAAGAUAUUCUUGGUGCAGCUGUUUGUAUAACAGUUAUAUCUGUUUACAGACUUGGAAAUAUGCGUGUAAUCACAUUAAUUUUACUUGGUUUUUUCUUUUAUGAUAUAUUUUUUGUAUUUAUUACACCAUAUAUUCCAUUUUUUCAACCAUCAAAUCCAAAAACUACAACGACAACAACAAGCACAACAACAAUAAUAACAACUACAACGACAAUACUAACAACUACAGCAACAUCAAUAUUAUCAAAUGGUUCAUUAAAUAUUCAUACAAUGGGAAUAUAUCGAAAAGUAGCAAGAAAUCCAUCUGUUAUGGAACAAGUUGCUUUAGGUAUUGGAACAGAUGGAGAAGUUGUUCCACUUUUAUUUGCUUUACCUAUGUUUAUACCCGAAUCAGAAAUUGAUCCAUGUGUAACAAUAAGAAAAUCAAUGCUCGGUUUUGGUGAUGUGAUUUUACCAGGUAUUUUAUUAACAUUUUGUAAAAUAUUUGAUAUUGCCAUUGGUAAUCGUUGGCCAACUUAUUAUAUACAAUCAAUAAUAUCUUAUUUUGUUGGUUUAUCUAUAACACAUGUUGCACUUUAUGUAAUGAAAACAGCUCAACCAGCACUUCUUUAUUUAGUACCAUGUAUACUCUUAUCAACAAUAUUAACUGGCCUGUGCCGUGGCGAAUUAAAAGAACUUUAUACGGGAAAACGAAUUCAAUUAUUGCUUGAAAAUAAAACAAAGAACACAAAUAGUUCAUUAUUACAUAGCUCGGAUAACUCAAUAGAAGAACAAACAAAUCAAUCAAAUGAUGUUGUUAUUGGAAUAACUGAUGCUAUUGGCACUGUUGCUGGUGUUGACAAUCGAUAG